UGAUGCAAGACAGAGCCCCUCCCCCUCUUCUAUAAAAGCCCUGCGCUCAGCGGCGCUAGCUGCAUCAGUCUUUUUACUACAUGGAGGAAACACCGAGAACACAGCCGGAGGAGACCCCGGAGCUUCACGGACUGCAGUUAGGAUGGUCUAUAUCGCCGCCGAGGAAAGCGUGGUUGAGAUGAUAGGGAAGUACUUCUUCCAGCACAAAACCCCGGGCCGUGGCUCGAGUUCGGCCCGGCGGGGAAGCGUUGAGAGCUGUGAUGACAAAGACAGCAGCUGGCCUUCCGCAGAUGUGGACGCUGGUCUGGAAGAGGAACAGCGGCUCCUCCAUCAGCACCUGACCCGGCAGAUAGAGUGCUGUCUGACGGAAGCCAAGCCGUCCGUCCUCCGCUGCCAGGUGCUGCUGCUGCCCCGCAACAUGAUCACCAGUGUCGGAAACCACAUCCUGCGCUCCGCCACCGAUGAGCCAUGUGGUCUCCGAGGUGCCUCCAUCAGGCUUUACGUUGAGAGCAAAGACGGCCUGAAGUCUGCGGGGAACAUCGUGCCGGACCAAGCAGUCACCCCGACCUUUGAGCUCUCUGUGGUGUUCAAGAUGGAGAAGGAGGAUGGCUGGCACAUCUUUGAUUCUGGCAAAGUUCUGAAGCUGAGGCCAGAGUACCGGCUGGUGAAGAGGAAGCUCUACUCCUCUGCCAGUCCUGUGAUCCACGACUUCAGCUAGUGGAGAAGAAGGGACUGUAGAUCUAUUUCAGUCUGCUCUGAAUGUAGAAAGUUAUAUACACACUAAUGUGAUUCAAGUUUGUUUUGGUUGACUCAAAUGUAAUUUUUUGUAUGAAGAUUCUUGUAUUGUUGUACCAUUUGAGCAGGUCCUCAAUCUGAAUGUUUUUGCUUUCCACCCAGUUACCCAGAAUUUUGCACUGCUGGUUUUCUGCUGUCUAAAUUUCAAUCAGGAACUGGGCUGGUCUUACUACUGAAGUGUACUGUUGUAUAUUAUUUAUAAAACUUAAACUGUGCAAUAAAAUAUUUAUAUGAA